UAAUUAUCUGCUUUGAAAUUGUGCAGUCGAUUCAUUUAUUUACGUGGUCUUUUUUAUCCUAUCAAAUCUUAGGAACAUGAGUGAGCCCGUAUAUAUCACUUUGCAUGUGUUUUUAUUUUUAUGAUAUUCAGUGCGGGGGUGCUGUAUCUUCUGCCUUCGGCUCGUUUGUCUUUCUUUCCAUCCAUCUAUCUUUUUAAGUCAAGGCAGUGUUUUGACAUCUUAGAAUGUCACUGUCCAUUGCUCCUUCAGCUCUAUCUGCAGCGACUGCAACAACAGCGAACGCCUCCUCUAAUACCAGUGGUACCUUCUUUCAUUGCUCAGCCGACCGUAGUAGUAAGACUUCUGCUACGAGUGGUUCCAAUCCUGUCGGAGAUUCUUCAGGUGCCGAAAGUCGCAUGAACUUAGCAGCAUUGCUGCAACGGGAUCCUUACAUUACGGACAUAGUGGACACUGCGAAACAAGUGGCUCUCUACCUGUUUAAUCCCAAGAAUAGUGAGUGGGAACGAACAUCUAUUGAAGGAACACUGUUUGUGUACAGGCGAUCAGCCUCACCAUACAAUGGCUUUAUGAUACUCAAUCGCCUUGAACCAAAUAAUCUUAUUGAACCAAUCACCAAGGAUUUAGAGUUUCAGCUUCAUGAUCCAUUUUUGCUUUACCGGACUGCUAAUGCAAUAUACGGAAUUUGGUUCUAUGACAAAGAUGAUUGUGCUCGUGUGGGACAGCUGAUAAAUAGCCUUGUGCAGGUAACCAUUGCCAAUCACCAAACAAAAAGCCAAUGUUUUAUUCGAUCAAGGAGAGCAUCAGAGAGUGACACAAUGGAAGAAUGUUUGGCAGGUAUUAAGAAUGAUAAUGUACCUAAUACUACUAAUGCUACUACAGUGUUUUCUGGACCAGUAGAUAUCAUCCAACUCUUAUGUAAGGCUCAAUACAAAUACAACCAGUCACGAGAAAUUAAGAAAAAGCCUGAACCAGUGUCAAUGACUGAUAGUAACAUGGCUGCCAGUUCUAGCUCAUUAAUUCGACCAACCCCAGUUCGUGUCUUAAAUUCAGCUGUUGAAACAGAAGGUGAGAAUUAUGGUGAGAAGGGAUCAUCAAGUGGCAGUAAGUCUCAUAUAAGCCUGGAGACCCUUUUUCGCAAUGCUACAGUUCAACAAAAUACAUUUGAUUUGAAAGCUACAAGUAUACCUUCAAGGAAUGCACACUUUCAAAGGUCAAAUAUGUUACUAGAAUCAGACCCUGCUACUUCUCAACUACCAACUAUUUUGAAACAGUUUGGUUCUUCUGUCACAAUGGUUGAAGAUAUUGAAAAACAACCACAACACCAUGGUAAAUGUGAAAAUACUACAUCCCCAUCUACAUUGAUGUUAAAACAGUUAUCUCCAUCCCUGGUUACAGCAUCAUCUCACAAUGGUUUUAAUCUCUUGAAAAGCUCUCAAAAUUACCAUGAAUUUGACAAAAUUUCCAGAAAAACACCUUCCAAAAAAACUAAUACAGUCUCCAUUAACAAAGGUGUUAACUUACUUGACCCAGUAAGUUUUUCAUCAACUACUUCCAUAACAACUUCUGGACAGAUUUUCAAUUUUCCUCAGUCACCAAAAAUAGAGUCUGAGAACUCCUAUUUCAAUGCUACUGACUGUUUGCGUGAUCCAUCAAACUUUGAACCAUUUCCAUCAUCUCAGUCGAGUUACACAUUUCAUGGUAUCAACCAUUUCAAUGUCCCUGAUUUUACUUCAAGUCUCCUUACAAUUGGAUUGGACAGUUCCAUUGGAAGCAAACCAAUGAAAUCUCCCAUCUUGGCUAAAUCUUGCACACAAGAACUGUUAACACCUGCAGAUCUGGAAUCAGUCUCAUUGCCAAAUAGUUCUGGAUCCAUCUCUUCCACUCUUCCUCAACAUACCAAUAAUAACCUUCUCUCACCAAUGGCUUUUGUCUCACAACAUACUAAAGCAAAAUCAGUUUCAAGUUCAUCCAGUAAUUCUCCAGUGUUUACCAAGACUGUCAGUGAUCAUCACUGUUUAACUGAAAUGCCAUCUUUCUCUAGAGAACAACUCCAAGAGACAAUGAUAAAUUUAUUAAAGAAUGACUCUGGCUUUCUAAACAAAAUUCACCAAGCCUAUCUUCUAAGUCUGAAAGCUGAAUUAUCAAACCCACGAACAUGAGAUCCUUGUGCAAUUCAAUAAAAGUCUUUGAAGUUGCUAAUUUCCUUACCAGUUAAAAACAUUGCUAAAGUGACCAAAAGAUCUUUGGUGCUUCACCUUCCCUCUCCUUCUUAACCACUUUGAAGUAAAGUACAAACAGAUUCCUGAAGACUUAUUGAAAAUACCUUGAUUUAUCAAUGUGACUAUGAAUAAAAAUAGGGACAUCUGAGAUAAUUUCCUUUUAAUAGUGAUAAUGCUGAUAAUCUUUAUGAUAAACUUCUUUUGGUAAUGACAAUAUAAAAGAAGAAUUUUUGUUGCUAUAAGAAACCUCAUAGUAAUAAUAUUCUGUUAAUAUAGCUAAUUAUCUUUUGAUAGUUACAAAGUUGCAGUGAUAUUUUUUCAGAGAUAAUCUUACAUUGAUUAUCACCUGGUUAUUACAAUGAUAAUAGUGAUAUUCUGUUCAUAAUAGAAAUAAUCUCAUAGCAAUACUCUUUCAGCUAGUAGUGAUAUGUUUUUAUAUAAUAUUCUCUCAUUAGAGAUAAUUUUAUAUCUAUAAUCUUCUAUAGAGAGUUCAUAUCUAACAGUGAACAGUUACGAUAGAAGUUCUUUCCAGCUUAUUUACUAUCACACAACCGCAACCAGGAUACCUAUCAAACACCUUAUUCUGAAUCUAUAUACUAGAAUCAAAACAUAGCUGAAAGUUCCCUUUAUAGUCACUUAAUUGAAAGAGGAACAAUGGUCGUUAGCCUUAUUUCCAGUUGUUUUAUUUAUUCAUUUAUUGCAUUAGCUAUGUUUAUUUAUGAGAUGAUGUAAAGGGUGGUGGAGUGAUAAUAUCCUACAGAUGUAUAAUUUAUUGACUAUUAU